AUAUGGUGCCUCGAACGCAAAUCACCUGUUCCUUCCGAACUGUCGAAUCAAGCGUUGUGGCAGCUUCUUAUAAAGCGGCGACUAUACGAAAUCCGCAAAUCAUAAAAUCGGUCGCCGUUUAUGUGAUAACUGUCUACCAGUGCACACCGAAAUCGAAGAAAUGGAACAGAAGGAAGAAAGAUUGGACGUUAUCAUUUUUGGUGCUAGUGGAUUCACCGGCAAGUACACCAUCUACGAAGGCAUCAAGUUGCUCAAGGGACUUCAAUGGGGUGUUGCGGGCCGCAGCCGGGACAAGCUCCGGCAGACAAUCACAGAGAUUGAAAAGAAGGCUGACAAAGACCUGUCGGAGGUGCCAAUAAUUACGGCUGAUCUGAAAGAUCCCGCAUCGUUAAAACAGAUGGCGGAACGCUGCAAAGUGUUAAUCAAUUGCUGCGGUCCGUAUCGAUUCUACGGUGAGUCGGUGGUGAAAGCGUGCAUCGAGGCUGGUACCCACCAUGUGGACGUUAGUGGUGAACCGCAAUACAUGGAACGGAUGCAGCUUGAGUAUCAUCAACAAGCACAGGAACGGGGCGUUUACGUCGUGUCAGCCUGUGGGUUUGAUUCGAUUCCAGCCGAUCUCGGUACCGUGUUUCUUGAGCGUGAGUUCGACGGUGUUGUCAACUCGGUCGAGACCUACCUACAGGUGUCAUCGAAGAUUCCGCAUGAUGGAGGCGCGGUACUGCACUACGGUACCUGGGAGUCGGCAAUUUAUGGUUUGGCACACGCCAACGAGCUGAGGCCCCUGCGCACGAAGCUGUACAAAACGCGUUUGCCGAACUUCCAGCCACGUCUUAAGGAUCGCAGCGUGGUGCAUAAAGCGAGCUUCUUGAAUGGUUGGUGGGCGGUUCCAUUCCCUGGUUCCGACCGUUCCGUAGUGAUGCGGUCUCAACGCCACUUCUACGAUGCGGAAAAGAAACGUCCGAUUCAGAUGAAAGCUUACGUAGCAUUUGAAUCGAUCGUUCAAGUGUUGGGAGUAGCACUUGUUGCUGUUGUGUUCGCUAUCAUGUGCCGCUUCAAAUGUGGUCGUCAAUUGUUACUGAAGUACCCAAAAUUUUUCACUAUGGGAUAUGCGUCACACGAGGGCCCAUCGGAAAAGUCCAUGGAAAACGCACAGUUUGCAAUCUACUUCCGGGGCGAAGGUUGGGAUAAAGAAGAGAAACUGCUCGAACUGACCGAUCAAUUCAAAAGCCCCCCAACCAAGAAGAUUGUCACAAAAGUAUCCGGUACCAAUCCGGGUUAUGGAGCAACGUGCGUUGCACUAAUUUUAUCGGCACUUACUAUUUUGCGCGAGAGUGACAAAAUGCCCGGAACUGGUGGCGUGUAUCCGCCCGGUGCAGCAUACGCUAAAACGACCCUAAUCGAACAGCUAAGCAAGAAUGGAUUCACAUUCGAGGUAAUCAAGCCCUUGAAAUAAAAAGGCACUUUUGUGGGGUGGGAAAUAAAAAUUAAGCUACUUUCAACUUGGCAUAGUCCGCGCGGUAAUGGUUUGGUUAGUGUAGCGACAAAGUCGACAUAACGUUUCGCUUUUAAACGGUUGUUAUAACAUGAGGAUAAAUUGUAAUUUCCAAACUCGA